CUCUCUGGCGCCUCCCCAGCCGCCUGGGCGAGAGCGAGAGGAAACGAGCGGCCGACUGGCCGAGGAAGGGGCGAUGGGCCGCCUCGGAGGGAGCAGGCCGCCCGAGGCUCCGCGGCGGGGCGAAGGAGCCGAACGAGAAGGCGCCGCCGCCAGGCCUCGCCUUCCGCGCUUGGGCCUGGCUUUGGCGUUGCUGGCCGCGCUGCUGGCCGCCAAGUAUUACCGGGACUGCGAGGCGGCCCGGCGGCAGGAGAUGGCUCUGAAAUCUCUGGGGAAUGAAGGCCUCUUUCUCUUCUCCUCCCUGGAUACUAACAACGAUUUGUACAUCAGCCCUGAAGAGUUCAAGCCAAUUGCAGAGAAACUCACUGGUAUUACUCCCGCCUCUGCCCUUGAGGAGGAAGAGGAGGUGCUGGAUCCCGAUGGAGAGGUGCUCUCUGUUGCUGCAAAAUUCCAGCCUCUGCUAAUGGAAACCAUGACAAAGAGCAAGGACGGGUUCCUUGGAAUUUCUCACAUUGCCCUUUCUGGACUUCGUAAUUGGACCGCUCCGGCUUCCCCUACGAGCACAAUGUUUGCCCAGCAGUUCAAGGCUUUCCUCCCACCAAAGAAUAAACUGGAACUGGGUGAUGCUUGGUGGAUAAUUCCCAGUGAACUAAACAUCUUUACUGGAUAUCUUCCCAAUAACCGUUUUUACCCUCCGGCACCUAAGGGUAAAGAGAUCAUCAUUCACAAGCUCCUGAGUAUGUUCCAUCCGCGGCCGUUUGUGAAAACCCGCUUUGCUCCUCAGGGGGCAGUCGCUUGCCUUUGGGCAGUGGCCGAGUUCUACUACAAGAUAGCCUUCAGGAUCCAUGCAGAAUUCCAGCUUAACGAGCCUCCGGAUUUCCCUUUCUGGUUUUCUCCUGCCCAGUUCACUGGCUACAUUGUCCUCUCCAAAGACGCUUCCCAUGUUCGGGAAUUCAAGCUGGCUGUUCCUAACAACAGAUCUCUCAACGUAGACAUGGAAUGGCUGUACGGGGCCCGAGAGAGCAGCAACAUGGAGGUGGAUAUAGGAUACCUUCCUCAGAUGGAGCUGGAGUCUUUGGGACCAUCCAUCCCUUCUGUGAUCCAUGAUGAAAAUGGGAAUGUAAUUAACAGCAGAGACCCCAAAGGGGAACCAAUUCAGUUCAUAUUUGAAGAGAUCACUUGGCUGCAAGAAAUAACUUGGGAAGAGGCAGCCCGCAAGCUAGAAGUUUCUAUGUAUCCAUUUAAGAAAGUUUCCUACCUCCCUUUUACUCAGGCUUUUGAAAGAGCGAAAUCUGAGAGUAAACUGGUGCACUCCAUAUUGUUGUGGGGAGCACUGGACGAUCAGUCCUGCUGAGGUUCAGGGCGAACUCUCCGGGAGACUGUCCUGGAAAGUUCGCCCAUCCUUGCUUUGCUGAAUGAGAGUUUCAUCAGUUCCUGGUCACUGGUGAAGGAGCUAGAAGACUUGCAGGCCAAGAAAGAGAACAAGCUCAACAGCAAACUUGCAGAACUGCACCUUGAAAAGUAUAGUUUCCCCGUGGAAAUAAUGAUCUGCUUGCCCAAUGGCACUGUGGUACACCACAUCAAUGCCAACCACUUCCUGGAUAUUACUUCUAUGAAGCCUGAAGAAGUCGAGAGCAGCAUCUUCAGUUUCUCUGCCAGUUUUGAAGAUCCCUCGACAGCAACCUACCUCCAGUUCCUGAAGGAAGGCCUUCAGAAAGCAAAACCACUCCUGCAGACCUAACAAGAAGGCUACUGUGGUUCACCAAAGAUACAAGAGGUCUUGUCUCCUGACACUCCUCUUACUCUGUACUUUCUAGUGGAGUUCUGUUCUUGAAUGAGAAGGCUCUGGAGUGUCCCUUUGGAAAAUACGGAACAAUAACAAUUAUAGUUGCACACAUUCUUCUUUUGAAGGAGUAUUUUUGAAGGAACUGAAGUUGCCAGGGUCCUAUUGAUGAGUUGGUGGGACUUACGUGAAGUGAGCGCUCAAGAUGCUUGCGCUAGAAAAUUAACUACAGUGCAGCACAGAGGAGAAGAUGGGACAGGUUUCCGAACCAGGGCGUGAGUGAAAAGUUGGAUCUCAGACAGAGACUGAACCAUCACAUUAGUAAAAAGUCUAAGCAUGGCUGUGCUGAUUUAUGAAUCACGUGCCAUCUUCUUGCAGCACCUGGAGCAGGGGCAAAGGUACAGAUUUUUUAUGGGGUGGGUUUGGGGGCAGAGCCAUGCCCCACCCGCCCCUGGGGCAGGGCUGCGCCUCCCCAAGCCCCGCCCUCAGUGCUUAUAAAAGCAGCUCUCCGAGGCCAGGGAUGACAGACUCCCCUACCCUGCCUCCGCCCUUCCCCCCCCCCCCAAGCUGGACUCCCAGCCAGCAGCCAUCAGUCUUUUCUGCACUCCUCUCCGGGCAGAGGCAUAUCUGGGGAAAAUGGAGCCCGGUGCAAAAUCUGAGUUUAGCGCGCCUCCGCCCCGCCAUGGGCGGCCACUGUGAUGCUGGAAUCCACCCCC